CUUGUGAUUUCGAAGCCUGUGGUUUCACGAGUCCAAGCACAUCACAACCAAGAAAAUUAUAGCUUACCCCAAAAAACGACCCAUCUAGAUGAUGCAAUAUAUACAAUCCCCAUAAACUAUUGAAGGGCCUGCAAAGUUACAACCUCCAUUUUAGAGAGAGAAACUUAACAAGAAGAACAGAUGAAAUUUGAGAAAUAGCUUAAGAACCGCAGAAGCCAGAGGAAAAAUCGAUAACGAAGAAGAAAACUAAAGAAACAAAUUGGGUUAUUUUUUUUGGCCUCGUAAAAUUCUAUCGACUGUCGGUUAUCUUUGGAUCUGUGUGCUCUGGUCUGGGGCUUGGUUGUAGAAUAAACCAUGAAACAGCGUGUUCAUGUUUCUUGCGGUUGUGGAGGCAACGCUCAUUCUUCUAUCGGUGCUUGUUUGAUAUCUGGUUUAUGUUUGUACAAGGCAGCUCGUGGUGGAUUGAGGAUCCAUUUAGAUGAUCGAUAGCUGCAACCUCUGAAGUAGAAUUAUGAGAGUCAGUUGGUCUGUCAUUGCAAUGGUAGCAGGGUUUAGAGCGUGAAGGUUCCGUCUUCCUAUAUGGCAUUGGAGUGAACAACUCAAAUUCAGUAGUUCCGUUGAAAAACUAGUGUCAGAUUUAGUAUUUAUUUUUUGUCCUUUAUAGCGAAGAAGUUACAAAAGAAGAAUAAUAGUUAUGGGUUUGCCUCAAGCUUCCUCGAGCAAUGUGGCAGAAGAAAUGGUUCUAUCACUGAGCACAUUUGUGCAAACUCCGCCUCGACUUGUUAGUUUUAGCAGCUGUGAUUUAGGUGGAGUCCAUGUAGGUCACCCAGGCAAUCGAAUCCCAUUGGAUUUCCCAUGCUCUUCUUCAAGAGAGCUCUUGAAGGAUCCAGAUGCUCUCAACUUACAUAAAGAUGGUGCAAUCAACAUGCCUACGUUGAAAAUUGGUUCCGCAGAAAGGAAUGGCUUUUUUAGUCGCAAAGGUGGUCGGAAUGUGCAUAGCCCGGUUUCAAGGAUAGUGGGGUUUGAACCACGGGCAUCGGAUUCCCUCGAGGGAAACCAACUAGAUGGAAGUCUUUCUUCUAGUUUGGUUAGCAGCAAGUGUAGUGAAACUGAGAUCACUAGCUCACUAGCAAGAAAGCGGUUAUUGUCUCCUUUGAAUGGCAUGCUUAUACCAGAUCGAUUUGAUGGUGAAUCUCUUGAUAUCGGCAGCACCAUUAAUACCAGUGGUUCCCAUUAUUAUUCUGUUCUGCAAGAGCCUAAGAAAGCUAAUAUGGGCAAUUCGGCCUAUCUUAGUCCUUCAAUAUGGUCCACUGAUAGUUUCUUCACAGAUGGCCCUUUGCUUGAGAAGGACUCUAAGGCCUUCAGUAUAUCUCCUCCUUCACCUGGAUUAACUUGGAUUCAUGAAACAACUAAAGCUAAGUACCAAAAGGGCGAAAUAGCCAUACCACUGAAAAAGUCAGCCUCCUCUCCGCUUUCGUUGUCUCCUCUUGGUCCAAAGUUCUUUGGAGGAAUGAAAACUUCGGGAGGGUUUGGGGCUGCAACAAAGGAGUUAGAUGACAACUACUUAACCUUAAAGGACAUGGAACAAUCUCUUGAUGGUACUAUCUCUGGCAUUUUCCUCUCGCAGAAAGAAGAGGAUUGUAGAAUGCCAAGCAGAUCAUUUCAAGAUGUUCAUCUUCUGCGGAAAAACUUUGACCGAUUCACCCGUGACAGUACCUAUGAAAUUGAUGGGCACUGGGGUCAGGAUUCAACUGGUACUCCUCAUGGAGCAAAGUUUGUCAGAUCUUUGAGUGGGGCACCUGUUAGAAGGUCCUUGGUUGGUUCAUUUGAGGAGUCCUUGUUAUCUGGUCGUUUAUCAUCGGUUGUAGCCUGUCAGAAAAUUGAUGGCUUCCUUGCCGUUCUUAAUGUUACUGGAGGAAAUUUCUCGCCACAUCCUCAAAAGCUUCCAUUUGCAGUUACCAGCAUGGAUGGAGAUAAUUACCGAUUAUAUUAUUCGUCUAUAGAUCUUGCAGGAAAUUUGCCGUCAAAUCGGCAUAGAGGACCUAAAAUGAAGAGGAGUCUUAGCAUUGAUUACUCUCGAGCAGAAAAGAGCCGCCUGCGGAUACCUAUUAAAGGGUGCAUACAGCUGGUCCUCAGUAAUCCAGAGAAGACACCUAUUCACACUUUCUUCUGUAAAUAUGAUCUGAGCGACAUGCCAGCUGGUACCAAGACAUUUCUGCGCCAGAAGAUUACUCUAGCUUCUUCGGCUCCAGCUUGUGUACUGGAUAAUGGAAAUAAAGAUCCUGAGAUGAAAAAUGAUGUCAACAACAGCAAGGGGUCUCGUACUUCAAAUGAUUUUGCAUGUGCAAUGGAAAUGGAAAUGAUGGAAACCAAAAGUGUUAGCUGUGCUGGAUAUGUCAAUCAAUCUGAAGCUGAAGGAGGAAUAGGUUUGUUGCCCUCAAAUUUGAGUGGAUUUACCAGUAGUGCAUGUAAAAAGACUGCUGCAGACAACAGUGCAUUUAUUAGAGACAGGUCUGAAACGAAAUUCGUACAUAGUGCUACAAAGAUAAACGGGAAUACUAUGGGUUCUGGGGUUCUGCGUUAUGCACUUCAUCUCCGUUUUUUAUGCCCUUUCUCUAAGAAGUCUUCAAGGACAGUGCAAAGGUGCAAAUCUGCUCCUCUGUCUGCACCGUCAAUAAGUGAUUUGGACGCUGAAGGCGAACGGCGUUUCUAUCUGUACAAUGAUAUGAGGGUGGUGUUCCCUCAACGUCACUCAGAUGCUGAUGAGGGCAAGGUAAGUUGCAAUACUACAUUAUGGGAGUUUACUGCUCAACUACUUGCUAGUUUCGUGGUGCGAUUUGGCUUAGAAUUUCUAGCCAUGUGACUGGCCACCUAACAGUGUUGCCACUCAGAACUUCACUUAGUGUUAAUUUGGGGUCGGUUAUUUGCUAAUUUAGGCAACCAUUGAGUCAUUUUAUUGAGCAUACAAGGGCGUAUCGCUCACACAUGGCAUAGGCUUUAAUCUAAAUCUUGUGGUUGAAUUUUGUAAUUUUUUACUCACUGGUUCAGCCUAGUCUCUCUCGUAAAAAAAUGCUGAUUAAUCUCGUCAUAUUUUUUGAUGGAUUUUCCUAAAUGCGUAUUGUACUCGUGUUGGACACUCAUCACCGAGACAAGAAAAUGAGAAUUAGUUGGACACUUGGACAUUGACUUAGCAAACAUAUUUUGAUGUUGUCAGAACAUCAAAUCGCAGUUUGAAAGAUAGGCUGCUGGAAGCGACUGCCAAUAUCUUUUGUUUUGCAUAAUCUAUCUUUCUAGGUGUCAGAUAAACCUGUGAUUUUGCCUCUAGACUUGAGUUUCUGGCCAUUCUUUUUGCUUGCGAAUAAUGUAACUAAGCUCCUGUCUAAUGUGUAAUGCUCUUUGUUUUGGCAGUUAAAUGUGGAAUACCAUUACCCAUCUGAUCCUAAAUACUUUGACAUCGGCCAGUAAGACGUCCUGCUUCAUCUCAUUCUCUGGCUCUUGUGUACAUAUUUGUACAGGUUUUUCGCCUUUCACAUUUUCUUAUCAGACGGGGAAAACAACCCAUUUUCACCUGUAAAGAUUACAUUUUCAAUAAGGAAAUCAUUGAUUUAGUUGUUCA